AUGUCUUCCAAGCUUCACCAAGCACCGCCCUUCAGGGCUGAGCACAUGGGCUCCCUCCUCCGUCCCCAGAAGCUCCUCGACAUCCGCGAGGGCAAGAUCCGCGAUCAGGGCAUGUCUGAAGAAGAGGCCGGCCUGCCCGCCGUCGAGAAGGAGUCCGUUGCCGAGGUUGUCAAGCUGCAGCGCGACCUGGGCAUCAAGGGUGUCACCUCGGGCGAGUACAAUCGCACGCGUUUCUGGGGUCUCAUGUGGGACGAAUUCGAGGGCACAACCCGGCUUCAAGACGCUGAGGCCAGCAUGUUCCGCCUCUACCACCCCGACGUCGUGAGCCUCAUCGAGAAGGACCGCAAGGUCAUGCCUGGCGACUCCGUCAUUGCCGGCGCCAAGCUGGCGCACUCCGCCGCGAAGUCCAAGUCCAACCUUCACGAGUUGCAACUCGUCCAGGCCGCGCUGCCCAAGGAGGAAUGGGGCAACAUCAAGCUGACCAUGAUCACGCCUGCGUGGUUCCAUAUGCGCUACAAGCAGGGCCGAGCCUACACGAAGGAGGCGUACGCCAACGAUGCCGAGUACUUCCAGGACGUGGCCAAGGUCUACCAGGACGAGCUUGCGGUGCUUUACAAGGCUGGUCUGCGUAACGUUCAGUUCGAUGACCCGGGCAUGGCUUACUUCUGUUCACAAAAGUUCCGCCAAGGGUGGGAGGAGGACAACGACAACGACGGUACCGUUGAAGAUCUUCUCGACGCCUACAUCAAGCUCUACAAUGACAGCAUCAGCAAGCUCCCCGAAGACAUGCACACCGGCAUCCAUUUGUGCCGUGGAAACUUCAUUGGCGGACGCCAUUUUGCCGAGGGUGCCUACGACAUCAUCGCGAAGAAGCUUUUCGAGAACCUCAACGUCAACACCUUCUACCUUGAGUACGACACUGAGCGCGCGGGCGGCUUCGAGCCCCUGCAGUUCCUCCCCAAGAACAAGAACGUUGUCGUUGGCAUCAUCAGCACCAAGGUGCCUGCCUUGGAGGACAAGGAGGAGAUGAAGGCUCGCGUGUACAAGGCGGCUGAGUUUGUCGCCAAGGGAAGCGGCGAGACCAAGGAGGAGGCGCUCAAGCGCAUCUGCGUCUCCCCUCAGUGCGGUUUCAGCACCCAUGAGAGCGGAUACCCUCUAAGCCUGGAGGACGAGAAGAAGAAGCUGUCUCUGGUGAGGCAGAUCGCUGAUGAGAUUUGGGGUGAGCCUUGA